AUGCCGCCACGAAUUCCGAUCCCGUCGUGCUCCAGGUCCCUUAAUGGGCCAUUGUGCAGCUGGUUUUCCGGUUUGGCUCUCGGGCCCAGCAUCUACUCCAGAUCCGCCUCCUCCAAGAAGAAACGGUCAAAGAAACAUCACGAUCCGUUUGCAUUAGCGCUAGCUCGUCAACGGAAGGCUGCCAAUGUUUCCCGACAACAAGUGCUUCAAGAAGAACGAGAAGCCGCCCUCGGCGAUUCCGUGCGCGGAAAGCCAACUCCCUUUACAGAAGCGCUGUUGAACGGACAGGUUAUACCCCGUAUCACACCCGCCGAACCCAGCGAGAAUACAUCACAGUCGCCUGGUCUCAAUUAUUUUGUCUCAGAGGACGAAUUGAAUGCCACUCUCGAACGCUCGGAGAAGCUAUCUCGACCGGUUGCAGAUACCAAAAGUGGGUCUUUCGAUCCGCAAAAGCUUGAAGAUGAGACGCAGAAACACUUGGACAAGCACAAAACCGCCCAGGAGGCUGUUAAGCGUAUCAUGGAUUUGAGCAAUGCUAGCAGCAAAGAACGCAAGCUCGUAAACAUCCAGCGUUGUAUCGAAACAUUUGGGCGUCAUAACACAGAUACCGCUCUCGCUCCGAAGCCAACCGGUGCCGCCAAUCCCUCAGCUUCCCAACUUCCACUGAGUCAGCCCCCGUGCUGGUCCCGAUACAGGCUCGUCGGAAGUUCAGAUCGCGAUUUUAACUACAAAGAUUCUGACCCUGGCAAAGAAUCUAGAAAAGACGUCACACAAAGAUAA